AUGGCCGACUUAACCGGACUUCAGCAGAGAUCGGUGAUCUCUGCUUUUAUUUUCUCCCAAGCCGAGGUCAGCCCAAGAGUCGCGCUAUUCAGACGCAGCGACCAAGUGACAACAUAUCAUCACCAUCUAGCCCCUAUUUCCGGCCACAUCGAGGUCCAUGAAACACCCGUGACAGCAGCAUGGCGUGAACUCAGAGAAGAGACGACCCUGACACCAGAUAAACUAUUUCUGUGGCGACAAGGAAAGCCGUUUACCUUUAGCGAUGUAUCCGUUGGUCGCCAAUGGACAGUCCAUCCAUUUGCAUUCCGUUUGAAAGGCCCCGACGAAGGAUGUCGAGGCGAUGAAGCCAUUCAAACGAACUGGGAGCACGAGGAAUGGGAAUGGCAUGACCCAAGAACUGUGGUGGAUAGCAAGCUCUCUGGUGGAGUGCCACGACUGGAGGAGAGCUUGCGACGAGUUUGGUUUGAAGGCGUUCUGAACGAUAGGGCCAGCAAGGCUUUGAACACAGGCAUAGCACAACUCGUGGAAGACCACCAAAGUGGAUCGCACGAAUUGACUUCAAUCGCUCUGAAGGCCUUUCAGCAAGUUCUGGUGCAAAUUCCAGGGGUCGAUACGAAGUGGUGGGAGACUGCUCGCAUGGUCGCCUGGCAUCUGUGGAAGAAUGGACGCGAAAGCAUGGGAGCAGCCACAUUGAAUGCGCUAUUGGGGGUUUUAUCCGACAUGGAGGACAUUGUGGGCCGAAAUGUUGACCACGAGGCGAAAUGGGAUCUGUUAUUGACAACCGUUGACAGCCAUCUCAUGGACCGCAAGGCAAUGCCCGCGCGAAUCAAAGACUCGGUGGCCGCGUACCUCUAUACAAACUUCCUCCCCACCGCACAAUCACGACCCAAUUCAUCUUUGACCCUGCUCACGCUGUCUGCCAGCUCUACCAUCCGGGAUAGUAUCCUCGAUGCUUAUGCAUCCCUCCCAUUUUCCAACUUGGAUCUCCGGGUUCUGGAGUCGAGGCCGCUCUAUGAGGGUGUCAGCAUGGCGUCGUCCAUUUUGUCCGAGUUUCAGUCCAAGUUCGCGUCAUCGAAUCAGCGUUUAACCCUGACAGUGUACACGGAUGCUUCAGCCGCGCUGGCAUCCCAUGACGUGGAUUUUGUGCUGCUCGGGGCGGACCGCAUCUCCGGGUCUGGAUGGGUCAGCAAUAAGACUGGAUCGCUACCAGCUGUGCUCAGUGCGAAACAUGCUGCUCCGAACGUGAAGGUCUUGAUCCUCAGCGAGCUGGAAAAAGUGGCAGAGCCGGGUGCGGAAAAUGAACACGUCCCGGAAGAAAACGACCCGAAUGAGGUGGUGAGCCGCUGGUUGGAUGCUGGUGUCAAGGGCGUGGGGAUACUCGCGGAAGGACUUCAAGGGGUGCAUCCACCGCGCAGCAAUACCUCGGUGGAAGUAAAGAAUGUCUACUUCGAGUGGGUCCCGGCGGACAUGAUCGACGCGUAUAUCUGCGAGGCGGGGACACUGGAUGCAGCAGCGAUCCAGGAGAAGGCGCGACAGGUGAAGGAGAAGGCCGAGAGAUACUUUGGGGAGUUGUGA